CGUCCCUCCCCCUCUCCUGACUGUCUCCGUCAGCCACUCAGUCUUCCCGACAACACGCUGAUUCUCUGCCUCGUAUUCCCGAAGCGCUCUACGCCAGGACCGAGCCCGGCGCCACGGGCCCUCCGGCGGGCUACGCUAAGAGCGCAGCGCCCCCACCGACGGAGCGUCUGGAUCCGCUGCUAAACCACCACAGGAAGACAGAUGAUACGAGACAAAAACACUACUUUGUCCACCUUUCAACUGCAAAAUACUCCCAAGAAAACACAGAUUGGGGACCAGUGAGCCAUGUGACCAGAGCCGUCGGAGACACCAGAACCUUCGCUCAACAUUCUCCUCCAAUGCAGUGAACAGGAAGCUGCUAACGUGUAGCUCCCACUAGCCCUGCUGCAGCCACAUUGUUUAGCUAGUGGAAGGCUAGGCUGGAAUGGUGCAGCACUCAGCCUGAAGGUGAAGUCAGCUGUGCUUGCUAGCCACAUGUAGCAUGUUAGCAUGUAGUUAGCUACCGACUGUGGCAGAUCAAGUCAUUCUUUUCCUCUUCAUCCUGACCCCUGGCCCCUACCGGGGGGGCUGGCCCAUUGACCAAUCACUACCUUCAGCCAGCGACCUUCCAGUGGCCAUAUCUUCUGAAGCUAGCCUAGCUAACACACUAGCAUCCCAAUAUCCUCUUAUAGCUAACCACCCAGCAUCUCCUGUCUCCUCCUAUCCUAGAUAACCACUUAUAUCUCCCUAGGCUAGCUAACCACAUUUCAUCUGCCGAGCCUAGCCAUCCUAGCUGAGACCUAGCAUCUCCCUGAGCUUGCCCCUCCUCGCUAAGCGCUAUCCCGGCCAGGCCGCAGGCGGCUUCUCUGAGCGGUUGAGGGGUGCAUGGAACCAGCGUAACCGUGGAGAGACCAGGCUACCACAAGCUGAUGGACUUUGACAAGCGGGGGGCGGGCGGCGGCGGGGGCGGGGCUAAGGGCGAGGCUGAGGAGGGCAAGAGGAUGUCGGCCAAAGCGAGCAACCGGUCGGGGCACGGCAGCCGCAGCGCCGGCUCCAACUCCGGGGUUCUGAUGGUCGGACCCAACUUCCGCGUCGGCAAGAAGAUCGGCUGUGGCAACUUUGGAGAGCUGCGGCUGGGCAAGAACCUGUACACCAACGAAUACGUGGCCAUCAAACUGGAGCCAAUCAAGUCGCGUGCUCCCCAGCUCCACCUGGAGUACCGGUUCUACAAGCAGCUGGGCAGCUCAGAGGGUGUACCCCAGGUGUUCUACUUCGGGCCGUGUGGGAAGUACAACGCCAUGGUUCUGGAGCUUCUGGGGCCCAGCCUGGAGGAUCUGUUCGACCUCUGUGACCGCACCUUCUCCCUGAAGACCGUGCUCAUGGUGGCCAUCCAGCUGAUAACCCGUAUGGAGUUUGUCCACACACGGAGCCUGAUCUACCGGGACGUGAAGCCGGAGAACUUCCUGGUGGGCCGGCCGGGCUCCAAGCGGCAGCACACCAUCCACAUCAUCGACUUCGGCCUGGCCAAGGAGUACAUCGACCCAGAGACCAAGAAGCACAUCCCCUACCGCGAGCACAAGAGCCUGACGGGCACGGCGCGCUACAUGAGCAUCAACACGCACCUGGGCAAAGAGCAAAGCCGUAGAGACGACCUGGAGGCGCUGGGUCACAUGUUCAUGUACUUCCUGCGAGGCAGCCUCCCAUGGCAGGGGUUAAAGGCGGACACCCUGAAGGAGCGCUACCAGAAGAUAGGAGACACCAAGAGAGACACGCCCAUCGAGGUCCUCUGUGAAGGCUUCCCAGAAGAGAUGGCGACAUACCUGCGCUACGUGCGCCGGCUGGACUUCUUUGAGAAGCCGGAUUACGACUACCUGAGGAAGCUGUUCACCGACCUGUUCGACCGCAACGCCUUCACCUUCGACUACCAGUACGACUGGACCGGCAAGCCCCUACCCACUCCGAUUGGUCCGGUGGCCAGCGAGACGCCGCUACAGAACAGCAGCCGAGAGAAAGCCCCCGCCCACGCUAAACACCAGUCUCCAGAGGGGAAGGGCAGUGAGUCCCAGCCGACUCCUGUGACCAAUCGAGAGCUUCUGGGCUCCCAUCUCACUGCUGAUAGGCUGGGAGGUUCUGUCCAGGUGAUGAGCUCGACCAAUGGGGAGCUGAAUACGGACGACCCGACUGCAGGACACUCCAACGCACCAAUCACAGCCAACGCUGAGGUGGAGGUGGCCGACGAGACAAAGUGCUGCUGUUUCUUUAAGAGGAGGAAGAGGAAAGUCCUCCAGAGACACAAGUGAGAAGAUGAACCACAUCGCCCCCCGCCCCCUCCCCCUA